AUGACAUUUCAGCUCUCGGGCAGUGCUAACAAACCUAUUAUUUUCCUCUACCAUUCUCUUGGUGGUAUCGUCGUAAAACGUGCCCUCUACUACGCUCAAACGAGAACCGGCUAUACCGACCACGCCAUCUUCACCUAUACCUAUAACAUCCUCUUCUUCGGCACACCCCAUAAUGGCAUAUCCAAAGCAACCUGGCUCGUAUAUCUCAAACGCGCCGGUGCCGCCGCUACAUUAGGAACGGCCAGUCGCCGGUCAGAUCUUGUCGCAGCCCUCGAGCACGAGUCGGAGACGCUGCAGAACGUUACGGAUUUUUUCGUCCCGCUGGCGUCGCGGUUUUGGAUCUUUUAUUUCUGGGAGACGAGGAAGACUUAUUUGGGGUGGACACCGCUCUUCACCCUCACCCUAGGCAAAGCAGUCUUCAUAGUCCCGCACACAAGUGCCGUACCGCCGCAUGACAAUGACGCCGAGCGAGCGGGUAUUGUGGCAGAUCAUCGGGGUAUGGUCCGUUUCGAGACGCCGGAUGAUCAGGGGUUUCAGUUGGUGGUGGAUGCGCUGGGGAGGUAUUGUUUUGAUGCUGUGAAGGACGGUGCUGUGGGGGUGGGCAUGGGCAUGGGCAUGGGCAUGGACGAUGCUGCUGCGGAGAGGAAAGGAGAAAGGGUUGAUGAGGGGAUUAAUGGGGAGGUAGUUAAAGGGGAGGUAGUUGAAGGGAGGGAGACCAGAGGGGUGGUUGAAGAGGUAGAAACUAAGGAUGGGGGAGUUGGGGUUGGUAGUGGUGAUAAUGACGGUAAUCCAGGGGAUAAAAAGGGUCAGAAUGGUCAAAAUCACGACGAAAUCGGGAGAGGUAACGAGAACGUUAACAAAAAUGGUUGGAAUGAUAGUAAAAUAAAUGCGGUAGUAACCGUGGAUGGCUCGCCGUCGGGGAAAGCAGACGACGAGGAAUUGGAAGAGUGGUCUGGGCGGACGGAAACUUUUGUCUCGGUUGAUUCAACGGAGAGGAGGAGGGUGGGGAGUAGUUGGUGGGGGUUGAACUAG